AUGCCUUCUGUUUGGGAGACUCCCUGUGGAUCAGAAGCAAUGCCUGAGACAGUGGUGAAAAUCAUUGGAAGUAAACACUUUCGGUACCUUGUGGAGAAGCCAAAGAUCAAGGAAAAUGAGAACCUGAAGGCAGAAACUCAAACAGUACUCCAGAAAUCCAUGAUUGGUGGUGCAAAGCAGAUGAGCAGAGACUCCCCAGCUCCUACUAAUCCUACUGAUCAUCAAAUCAAUCAUGACCCAGAUGAUAAGGAAGAAAGCAAGCAACCAGAGAACAAUCAGAAACCAGAGGACAACCAGAAAUUCCUGACAGGAGCACUCAGUAGCAGAUUUCUGGAUGGCAAAAUUCCCAGCCAGGCAAAUGCCCACUGCAGCUCGGUACCAACUGGAGACCAGUCCCUGUCCUAUAUCCAUGGCCUCCCCAGAAGAAACAUUAGAGACCGGUCCUUGGAACAGAUGGCAAGGGACAGCUCUGACCAACCUGAGGAUUUUGGCCAGAGGUCAAGUGGAACAACAAGAGAAGAUGCUUUUCUUCUUGCCCUGAUCAGAAGAGAACUCAGAUCACGCCCUUUGAGUUCUGGCUUACUAGAAAAAUUUCAAAAAGAGCUGAAGACCCUGGAUCCUAUCUCUUCAGGAUUUCUUCUCCAAUCUCAACUGAGCCGCCUUUUCUUGAGGCAUGAAGUCCCUCUACAGUUACCAACAGUCAAGAUCCUUUGCCAGAGAUUUUCUAGGAGGGACUCUCCAGAAAUGGUGAAUUAUGGAAAGCUCCUCUGGUUUUUAAGAGCUGCAGCUUUAGAUGAUCCACAGCAAAGCAAAGAAGCUGUGGGCAGCAACCCCAGGAAAUCUCAGGGUUGUCAUCAUCAUGGCCAAAGUAUGGCUCCUCGAGAUGCCAGCUCUCGGUCAGAAGUGGGCAAAAACCUGUUGGAGAUCCUGAUGGCACUAAGGACAACCCAUGGAAAACUCGACCUAGAGGGCCUCAGUCUGAGUUUCCGGAAAGAAGACCACUCUUUCUCCGGUUCCCUACCCCCACCCAAGGUCAGGGCUAUAUGUGGAAAGCAUGGAUUAUAUCUAACUUUGAGUCUCCUGGAAACAUUGCUAAACCAUCAAGAUUUGGGUUACCAUGGUGAAAUAAAAUGGCAGAAUUUUGUUGAAUUGUUGAGCAAAGUUUCUUCUGAUUUGUCACAUGAUUUGCCUACAGGAAAGAAUGCAAAGAAAACCUCUGGCACUGCAAUGCGGGCUGAAGUCCCUGAGAUGUCUCCAGGCAAAACAGAACAUAUGAAAACUCCAGAAGAGGAGCCGCAACCAGAAAACCCUCCUGCUGAGAUUUCAGCUCCCAAAGAUCCCCUGAGCGCUGUGAAGGUCAGGCCAGUCUCACAGCCUCUUGUGAGUCCGACGAUGAAGAGCAAAUCUGAAGAAUAUGAGACAUGGAUCGACAGGUUCAGGAAGCUGGAAAAUGCCCUCUACCUGUGUGAUCUGAGUAAUACAGGAGUUCUGGAGAAGGAAAGGGCCAGACGCCUCAUUCACAACUACAAUCUCAUUUACAACCUAUCCCUGAGCCCUCGGAAAAUCGACCAAGCCUUGAGGAGAUUCCGUGCGGGAGAAAAUAUGCUCUUGGAGCCAGCACUUCGGUACUUAAAGGAGCUAUGA